AAGUGAUAGAGUGAAGAGUCUGCAAAAUCAGUAGAAACUCCACAACAAUGGCAAGCAAACAAAUCGAUGUGAUGCUGUAUGGCCUUGGGGCCAUCGGCUCGUUCUAUGCUUUUGUCCUCAGCAGAUCACCAAACGUCCGUCUGACGGUGGUGGCACGGUCAAACUACGAGGCCGUCAAGGCCAAUGGCAUCUCCAUCGACAGCGAAAACCACGGGAAGCACAUAGUCAAGCCGUACCAGGUUGUACAAACACCAGCCGACGCAAACUCCAAGUUCGACUACAUAGUCUGCGCCCACAAGGCCAUCAACCAAGCCACCGUCCCAUCACAGCUCUCCCCGUCCGUCGACCCAGCGCGCACCACCAUCGUCAUAAUUCAAAACGGCGUCGGCAACGAGGAGCCCUUCCGCGCCGCCUUCCCAUCCGCGACGAUCCUGUCCUGCGUGACGUGGGUCGGAGCGCGACAGUCGGCCCCCGGCAUCAUCGCGCACACCACAUCAGAAGACAUGCAGAUUGGGUUGUUCCCCAACGAAACGGUAGACCCUGCCGUUGAGAAGUCCAGACUGGACGAGUUUGCGGGACUUUUGACGACCGGAAAGACCGUGUUCCAGGUCGUCGACAACGUGCAGGUGCAGCGCUGGGAGAAGGUGGUGUGGAACGUGGCGUGGAAUGCGCUCACGACGCUGACGGGACUGGACACGCACGCCUGGCUCUCGUCGACAGAGGGCGCCACGCCCAUGACCGAGAGGCUGAUGGGGGAGGCGGUGGAUGUGGCGAGGGCGUUGGGGGUGCCCUUGAACAAGGAUGAGCUGGUCGGGAGGUUGAUGCGGAAGAUUCUAGGGAUGCCGACUAUCUACAGCAGCAUGUAUGAGGACGCCAAGCACGGUAGGCCGAUGGAAGUCGAGGUUAUACUUGGGUAUCCAGCCAGGAAGGCGAAGGAGUUGGGGAUGAGUACGCCGACGCUGGAUGCUAUUUAUUGUGUUGUCGCGGCGGUGGAUUUGAGGAUCAGGAAUGAAGCGGCCAAGAGGUGA